UGCUCAGUCCUUACUCGCCCGCUGCCCAAAUUGCGGGAAGGGGGGAAACCAAUCAUUCUCCGUCCAUCAACGAUGCCAAAAUAUCCAAUCAUGCUCCCGGGCCGUACCUUCUCGUCUACCAUUUACCCCUUAUUUCCUUUUGAAAAGAAUAAACAGUGCAAGCAAGCUUCUGUCUCGCUGACAACCCAGCCCCACACGUACAUGUACGCUACACAAAGAGCAGAAUGGGGCCGAGUCCUUUCCGCUACGAGCCACUGCUAGAGUCGGACUCCAUCCGGCUGCUCAUGCUGGAACCUUCUGAACAACCUGAUACAGAACUCUGUGGGACUCUUGCCCACACUACAAUUCGCUCAUGCCUCGACGACAUCAGUGGCGGGUUCAUCGCCCUCUCCUACCACUGGGGAGACCCGGCUCCGAAGGGAUCCAUUAGCCUAGACGGGCAUCGAGUUGGUUUGACCGCCUCGCUGGAGGCCGCUCUACGCAAUCUGCGGGAUAGCUCUGUUGUGCUUCGCGUCUGGGUCGACGCCAUAUGCAUCGACCAGCAAAAGAUCGAGGAGAAGAAUACUCAGGUUCCCCUGAUGGGCUCCAUUUACGAGGCGGCCAACCACACCGUCAUCUAUCUCGGGCUCCUCACAUCCGAAGCUGAGUCUGUGCUUCGGAGAGCUUCCCGGUGGCACGAGCUGGAGAGGGGCGAACGCGAUGAGAUUAUUGCGCUAGCCGAGAAAGACAUCUUGCGUCGGCCGUGGUUUGCGAGAACUUGGAUCCUACAGGAGUUGGCCCUCUCGAGGGACCCGCUAGUGCAAUGCGGCCGCCUGCGAACGCGGUGGAUGAACCUUCGCUCGUUGCUCCUAGGUAGCCCCCCCGCGCAUGACAUGACGCGCCUUGAUACGACACCCCAACUCCAGGCAUUCGCGGCCAUGGAUAGCGUCCGAUCCAAGUUCCACCAGACCGCUAACACCCUACUCGAGAUCCUCUGCGCUCGCCGCGCGGCCGAAGCCUCAAACCCGCGAGACAUGAUUUACGGCAUUCUGGGCCUUGUAUCCAAGUCGGAAAUGUGGCCAAAGGACCUGAUAGACUACAAUCUGACGGUCGAGCGCAUCUACACCACAGCAGCGCACCGCAUCCUCCAGUCUUCCUCGUGGAGUGUCCUCCAGUCACUUCUCGCAGCGGCCGACAACAACACCCCAAUGGAAGCGAGACCUAGGCCUAGUCUUCCUUCGUGGGUCCCCGACUGGACGUUGGUGCCAGGAUACCCGAUGUCACUGCCUGACACGUAUGCGGGGAUCUACCCACCCCCAUCUGAAUUCCAGGGCACGUGGUGCUUGGUUAUAGAGGAGCUAGAAAUCCUGGUCUGCUUUGGCUGGACGACAUCCACUAUCCAAGGGCUUAGCCCGGUCUUUCCCGCCCCCUCGACCAUCUCCCCGGCUCUACGGAAGAGGUGCCAAAACAGCCUUUCAAGAGUACCACUCGUAGCGGACGGUCGUGACCACCGUAACGUGGUUGUUGGUGGCGACCGUAACGUGGUUGCUGCUGCUAGUCGCCAGUUCUAUGAGGACUGGGCCGAGCUAUGCGAAGCUAUCCAAACAUCUCAGGAACCAAACCUCAAGUCGGAUAGCUUGGAGCAAUUUAAGCGAGGGACCAUGGAAGCGGUAUCACCCGAUCGAAUUCGACUCAUGUCUACGAGUCUUCGGGCCAUGUUCAUGUCCUACCUUGAAGGCGCGGAUAGUGCGUCUCCACUCCAAGGCCGGCGGUUUGCCGUCCUGGCCCCCCAGCCCAGAAAGCAUGACACUCUUGCGGUGGUGCCAUGUUAUGCGCGGCCCGGUGAUUUUGCGGCCAAGAUCUUCCCAAGCCUGCGUUCAUACAUCCUUCGCCAGGAUCCCGGCCCGGCUGUAUGGUCACAAGCAAUGCUGCAGAGAGUUAAUUGUUUAGAAGUCCGUGGGGUUGGACUCUAUAAUGGCCGUACUUACAUGUCCUCUUCUUACGGACAGAUCGAUGCCCGGCAUCGCCUGGUUGGGGAAUGCUUUAUUGAGACCGGACAAGAUGAUGCUCAGAUGUACGGCGGAGGAUGUAGACUACUUGCAGUAGUUUGAUUGCUAGUCUCUAAAUUUACAUAAAGUACAUAGGUAAGUACCCGUACAGUAAAAGCCGGCGGUUAAAGUGGUGUGAGGUCCGUAUUAGCUGCGUCGGGCUGAACAACAAGAAGGGACUCAGGUACUUUCGCGUUUACUACUAAUAUCAAUAAGAGAGCACGAUUAGCAUAGCCUUAUCUUAUAUAUCUAUGGACUUGAUAUGACUCUUUAACUUUGGAUCUAGUUACUUAGCUUAGCAACC